GAUCAACAAACCUUCCUCAAAACAAACCAUCAAAAUGAUACAUUCUUGUCAGGACUGAUUGGCAAAGCCAAAGGCCAAGUCCACAGAUUGGCAAUGAUAAUUGAGGCAAUAUCCAAAGCGCAAGUUGUUCUUCAUGAAAUUGAUGAGGCAAACUCGGACAGGAUCAACGAGGACUUCAUAAGAAAACUGGAUGAGUAUCUGCGACAGAAGACCCUGGACAAGAUUAUCUCUGAGUCAUCCACCAAACAGAGCAUUGUUUUAAAUGACUAUUUCCUGCACCAGAAGAAAAUUCUUGCUGGAUAUAGUAAAGAAAACGACAGCAAACCUGACUUGCUGAACGCAGCCCUGGUGAAGAAAAUCCUUCUCUGGCCCGGUAAAGCUGUUAGAUGCCAAGACGUUGCACGAUGCUCUAGGUCUAGCGCCGAUACCAUUAAACAACACAUGAAGGAGCUAGCAGACACGGGUUUUGGCGGUGUAAACAACGAACGGCCAGUUGGAGGUGGGAGAGUCACAGUUGUCUUCCACAAAACAAACGUCACAGAUUUUGAUUUGGAAAAAGCAAUGGAGUUCGGAGAGAAAUUGCUAAGAUUCAGUAUUAAAUUCGAAGAAUACCAAUCGCAAUUUGAGAACACUGAAAAUUAUUUGUGUCAAUCCAAAAAACAAAAAAUCAUGUAA